ACGAACAUUUUCGCGCCAAAACUUAUCAGCUGUUUGGCAGCUGACCUUUAAACGCGCGAUGUAAACAAAUGUCUACGCGACACAUACAUGUGUACAUGGCGCGUCGGCUUGAAUGUUAUGUGCAUGUGAUGUGUGAAGUGCACUGUUAGUUUACUUGGCUUGUGAAACAUGUUGAAAAGAGCGUGUCCAUUCGGGGACUCUAUCCCGAAUCAGAUGAAAACUCACGUUGGUCAGAAGGAAGUGGCCGAAGGAGUAGAUAAGGAGAAACACAUGAAGGAGGUUUAUGAGAAAACUCUGGCAAUGAUGUUCGAAGCCCAGAAGCAAGCUGGUAAAAGUGACUCCACUGCAGUGACUAACGGCCAUCAACUUGACAGCAACAGCAUACAGAGUAAAGGAGCUGAGGGUUGUCAUGACAACGGAAGCAGCUCUCCACACAUGGAACUCCUGCCAGGCCAGUGUUUCUUGGAUGAGCACGGGAAGAUCAUCGUCGGUCAGAUGGUUGUUCCGAAGUCAGACGAGGACGGAGCCGUGCCACCGAGAUGUUGUGCCUGUCAAAAGCCCAUGGUACCCGUCGCUGUGUCCCGCUGCAGUGCCUGCCAAGAUUCCAUCUGCCCAGCCUGCUUGAGACUCUGUCUACAGUGCGAGAACGGAUUCUGCAACAUGUGCUCUCUAAUCAAUUAUGAUGAAGAUUGUGAUAGAAUCUUUUGCCUGAGCUGUUCAUCGCAAAUGGAGUAAAGCCUGCUUGAGAAGCAGCAUAUGGUCACACAUACAGAUGAUGUGAACAAAACGAGAAGAAUUUACAUGAACUGUUAUAUUAAUUGUGUUUACUUUAUAUUAAUUCUGUUGAAGAAAAAGACCAUACUUUCCAGUGAAUGGUUGUGCAGUAAUGUCAUUUUUUGGUUACAGACUGUACAAAUAUCACAUUUAGUAUUAAAGCAAUUGAGAAAGUUUACUUUAGUCUAAAAACUAAAGAUUGUACAGAUUAAAUGUUGGAAGAAUAUCAACAUGUGAACUUUUCAUAAAUAACCCAAAAAAGGAAAUCUGUUUGUACUCCUCCCAUGUCCUCAUUUCGGCUAUUAAAUAGUUUUUCAACAACCAUUUAAAUAGUUUGGGAAGGGAAAAAACUGUGAUUACACAAUAAGCUCUGGCCGCGUUAGAGUGACUCAAGUGAGGCUGAAGUUGCAAGAAGUCUUGCAUGAAAUUGAUCAAAAUGAUCUCUGCCAGAGCUUAAAAAUGGGACGCAGACUAAAGGGACACCGAUGGCACAUAUGGAACACCAUACUUUUGGUCAAUUUUCGGGACAGACAGACCCACCACCAAGUGACAAGUAGAAGCUCCUUCCAGAACUUUAAAAUCCAGAAUUUUGCCCCUUUUGGGAAUGGGGCCACCUUUUUGUUAAAAAAGGGGAGCACAAAAAGUGUUGUUGUAGUAAGUAGUCCAAAUGCCAAAUUAUCAUUUCUGAGAUACAUUUGAAAUCGGUGGAAAGUUACAUGUAGGACCGACACAGAAUAUUAGCUUGAAACAAACAACAAAAUUUAUUCUGAAGCUUUUAUUACUACAUGUAGAUAACCUUUUACAUCUCUCUACUUGUUUGAAGUAUGUGAACAUUCUUUGCUUUUUUGUGUCUAAAAUUAAUAAUGGUUACAAAUGCACUGUGAAGAGCAUAAAAAAAAAUAAACUGUAAAUUUGCCAUCAAGUUAUAUUUCGUGUGUAUAUCUUUCAAAAAUAUUUACAAACAUUAGUAAUCCUUUUCUCUCCAAAUAGAUAUUUCGCUUUUCUAAAUAUAUCUUUAAAAAAUAUAUUAAAUGUGUAAGCCGCUGAGUUGAAAGCUGAAUAAAGUUGCAGAGUGGCUGUA